UAGAAUUCUGAUACGUUCUACAACAGCAUUCUGGAUCAACUACAUUUCAACAAACAUUUGAGGACACACUUGGACAGAACGAGGUGCUUUGUGUUGGGAUUUCAGACAGACGGCGUAUGUUGCAAUGAUUCACUAUCAGAACUAGAGAAGUGUAUAGUUGCUAUUGCCAAAGAAGAUAAGUGGAAGGAAUCUAUCCCCACUGACUGGGCUCUGUGCGAAGUUGUCGUUAGAGAAAACAGAAGACGAGAAAGAAGAAUGCUUUCGCACAUUGACUUAUUAAACAAAUGUUUUGGUGAAAACAAAGAAAAACAUGUCCAAAUUGGAGACGUUUUAAAAUUCUUUCAUGACAUCGGUAUUAUUCUGUAUUACCAUGAAAAUAAUCUGUCUGGAACAGUCAUUAUUGAUAUCCAAUGGUUUGUAGAUUCCUUCAAGAACGUAAUUACUGACCCUAACCACGUCAGGGACAUUGCAGAAAAUUCAAUUGAUUGGGAGAAUUUUAACAAAAGUGGUUUUAUUCUUGACAAACUUCUGACAGGCAUAUGGAGUAGUAAACAUUUUCAAAUGGAUCUUUGGGACAGGAAUCAAGAAAAAACUAACCUUCUUCAGUACAUGCAGCGUCUUGGUCUGAUAGCUGUUGGUAACUAUGCACACUACAUUCCUUGUAUGAACAAGCGUGCAUUUGGAAUAACAGAAGAAAGAUAUUUCCUGUCUCUACAAAGCAAAACAUCCGUAUUAGUCUAUCGAUUCCAAUUUUUGCCGUGGUUUUUCUACUUUCGUCUUAUCGUUUCUUGCUUGACUAGAGCCAAUGGAGAAUGGACUGUUUUAGAAGACAAUGGACUUUGUUUGUACAAAAAUGUGGCUUGUUUUGCUUAUAAAGAACAUAUUGUGGCCCUUGCAGUGAACAAUUCCUCAAUUCAACUUCAAAUUUUUCAACCCACGAACGUCUUCGUUUUAAAAGAAGUUGCCCUGAAUGUGCGGGAUACUGUUGAAAGGCUAUUACAAGAACUCUUAGAGAAUUUCCACAAGAAAAUUGAUAUGUACACUGUUGGGUACCAAUGCAGUAAUCAGGAGGUGUUUCGUGAACACGAUGACUGCUUUGUUGAAGAGAAAGCUAUUUACAAAAAAGGGAAAAUAAGGUGCCCAAGACAUGGGAUGGUCAAUCAUCACGUUCUUAGUGAAUCAGCUCUUCUUGUUUACUGGAAACUAGAUGUUAUAGCUGAGAUUUCAGAUUUGGAUGACCUAAUGGAUCAAGAUGAAUGCACUCGUCUCUCCGAACCGGAAUUGAAAAAAAUGAAUUUCAAGUCUUUCGAGAAACUCACGAAGAUAGGAAGAGACGCUUUGCAGCUCUAUUUUGACAGAAUAUUUCCACCUGUAGACCUGGUUACAACACUUACUUCAAACAAGGACAAUCUACAACGAGGACAAUAUAAAAUGAAUCAAGAUCAAUGCAUUCUGAUGUUUCCAGCUGAUAAAUCGAUUCCCACUUCCUCCACAUUUGAUGUAACCACAAUGUACAAGUUGUUGAGAAACUAUGGGCCAAACCUCCUUCCACCAACCAAUGGCUGGGGGAAGAAACCUGAAAUAGGACAGAAGCUCUUAACUGAUGACGUAGAAAGAAUACGAAUAUAUAGGAAUGAGGUGGAACAUAAAACUCAGACAACCAAUGUCUUGCAGAAGGAUGACUUUGAUCUAAAAUGGAAAGAUCUUUCUCAGGCAAUACUUAGACUUAGUAAUGGAUCAUUAAAACAAGAAAUCAUGUCCCUCAGAAGACUGAGAUAGAAUGUCAUGUGUUACGUCCAUGGAGUUUAUUACAGAUUGUUCCAAGCAUCGCUAAAAGAUGAAAAACUCAGCCGUCAACUAUAAAAUAUGUGAAUUUCUUCUUGAAAAGACAAUAGUAAAAGCAAUGAAAGUGAGGAAAAAAUAUUUAAAAAGAAGAACUAAUGAAACUUUAGUAAAAACCACCUGUGAUGUCACUCUUUUUUUACGCGCUCCAUUUUUUUCAGGAAUGGAGAGUUGCAUAUUACGUUGAAAACAGAAUUUGUUAUGUUUGUAUUUUCCCCCGUGCCUUUACCGAGGAAAGAACUUAGAAAAUUUUAUUCAGGUCGUUUUCACAUUAAGAAAAUAAUUAAGAAUUGAUCCCAUCGUGGGAAUCGAACUCGAUACCCUGACCUUUUGAGUCGGGUACCAUUUCACUCAGCUAUCGAAGCUGUUGGAAAUUGGCUAAGAAUAUUUUAACUUCACUACACUUUUCUAGCCUUACUUUAUAUAUAAUUUGAAUACGACAAAAAUGUAAUAUAUAUUUACAGUUCAUCGUAUCAAUAUCUUUUAUUAUCUAUUAACAAGCAUUAAAAUACAAGCAUAUAGAAAAGUAGAUUUUACGCGGGUUUAUAUACUCCUAGCGCUCCAUUCCUUAAAAGUAAUGGGCCUCAGCUCCUUCAGGGCAUCUUCUUUAUUACUAUCAAGGAAUGGAGUGCUACUCUUUAAUUAGACCUUACGUAAUAUUCCUUAUUAUGGAUGUCAUAGUACCGUUCGGGAACAAUAAAAUGAACUGUUUACAUCUUUUUAUAGAGCAUACAAUGGAAAUCUGGGUUCCUUUAAAAAAAAUUAAUUAUUGAUGAUCAAACCAGUCAUAUUAGAUCCGAACAAGCAUUGGAGAUUACAAGUACUGUUUGAAUUUUCUAGAUAUGUAUAUAAAAUUGUCUUAUAAAAUAAUAUUUAUUGUUUUGAAGUAGGCAUUGAAUUCAUUGAACAAAGUUGAAACCAAAAUUAUCAAAAAGUACCCAGAAAUGAGAAGCUAAAUUGUAUCCAUUCUUAUUCAACUCAUGUUUGAUCGUUGUAAAACAUUGAGUUUUGCCUUUGAGUUUAUUAAUUUCUGUCAAUAUUAUGCCAAUACAUGUAGUUUUAUCAAUUGUUUUUGUACAGAAAGAUUAUAAAAUGUUGGUUUCAUUUAGUCGAUGUGUAGAUUUCUAUCAGGAAAUAAACGUCUUGAAUAUUUUCAUGCAAUAAUAUACAUCAUGUUAUACGGAUUUCAUGCUGCUUCAAUUUCUUUGUUACUUAAGAAUUGAUUUCUUAAUUAUUUGAGAAUAUAUAUCUUAAGUAAGGAUUUUAUUGGG